AGUUGCUUUUGUUAUGUUGAACUUGUUAUUGCUUCCUCAAUUUUCACAAUACACAAUACUUUGUACUUCAGCUUACCUUAGUAUUUUUGUGCAAGCGGUAGAUGUCCCACGGAUCGUGGGGACGGGCUCCUCAUAGGGGUUGCCGAUUAUGACAUGGUCGUUAUAAUCUAGUAGGUCGUGGUGCCGACUGCCGACAUGAAAACAGUGCACGGUCGAUAAAUUCCUGCCGGGGCGACACAGUUUCACAUGCGACCGGUGCUACACGGCCUGCAUGAUGGAAGAUGACGCAAAGUGUGUGCAACGAAAGAUUCGAAAAUGUGCAGUGGACGUGCACCCAACUGAAAAUGCUCUUGUCGUCUCCUAUGAACUGGAAGGCGUGUUUUUGGCCGGGACUGUGCUGGAACAUAGCCGCGAGUGUCAAAAACUUAUCCGACUUAAGCGUCUUAAUGAGACCACUGAUGUAGCCGCUCUAGCCCGAGAAGUCGUCCAUAAAUGCAGUAUUCUCCCGGAGUCUAAGACAACGGAAGUAGAGCAACUCAUCAACUACCUCCAAUGCCGCGGAGAUACAACUCGUUCUUCGUCACGAGUGUCCCAAAGGUCUGAAACUGCAAGCAUCUCCAAAACCGAAUCUUAUGUUGAAAUGCUGUACGAAGAUGCUGCUGAUAAAGUUCGGGGCUCCGCACUGGUGCUGCGACUUGCACGAAACCCAGAAAAUCUUGGGGAGCUUUGUAUGAACGACACAUUGCUGUGCGCUUUGGCCCGUGUUCUUCGCGAAGACGGCCGGAAGAACAUGGAGCUGGCAACUAACAUCGUGUAUAUCUUCUUCUGUUUUUCGACAUUUUCACAAUUUCACUCUGUUAUCACAGAAUAUAAAAUCGGAUCGGUUUGCAUGGAUUUGAUCGAUUUUGAGCAGCGUCGUCAUACACAAUGGAGAGAAGAUCUUGCUCGCAAAGCCACGGAGGAUGGUACAGAAUAUGAAAAGGGAGUCCGGAAAUAUCAUGCACUUGCUAAGAGACAGAAUCAGCUUCUGCGCGUUGCCUAUUACUUAUUACUCAACUUGGCUGAACACCCCAAGAGCGAGAUAAAAAUGGUGAAUCGUGGAAUAGUUCCUAUGCUGGUUAAGUCCUUGGAACGAGAUGAUGCAGAUCUCCUUUUGCUAGUUGUUUCUUUUCUCAAGAAGCUGUCUGUCUACUAUGAGAACACAGCUGAAAUGGCAAAGCUGGGUGUGAUUCAGUGGCUGGCACCAUUGUUACCCAGCAGGCCAGACUUACAGAAUGCUCUUCUCAGACUUUUACUCAACCUCUCUUUCGACCUAGAGCUUCGAGCAGGCAUGGUUAGAGUUGGCCUUCUGCCCAAGUUGGUGGAUUUGCUGCGUGAUCCCACAUCGGCUCCGGUUGUGCUCUGCAUCUUGUACCACAUUAGCAUGGAUGAUCGUUGUAAAUCUCACUUUACAUACACAGACUGCAUCCCAAUCAUUGUCAAGCUGCUUCUACAUUAUAUUGGAGAAUGUGUCCCUUUAGAACCUGCUGCACUGGCAAUUAACUUGGCUGCCAGCAAGCGCAAUGCGCAACUCAUUUGUGAACAUCUUGAUGCUCUAGUGGGGCAGGCUUUCCGUCACCAUGACCCUGUCCUCAUGAAAGUUAUUAGAAAUAUUUCUCAACAUGAUGGACCAACUAAAACUGCGUUGAUGGAACACACACCAUUGAUUGCAUCUGCAUUGCAGUCUGUAAAAAAUGAAGAAUUUGUGCUCGAGUGCAUUGGCACACUUGGAAACUUGAAUGUUCCAGAAAUGAAUUUUUCGGGCUUAUUACAGGAGCACAGACUAGUGCAGUGGAUAAAGGAAAUUUUAGAGUCAAAGGAAAGUGCGGAUGACAUGCUGCUUGAAGUUGUUGUUCUUGUUGGCACAGUAACAAGCUGUGACGUAGCCUGUGCCCACCUGCUGGUUGAAGGUGGGAUUGUCCUAUCGCUGACAAACUUACUCGGUGCUAAACAGGAGGAUGAUGAACUGGUUCUGCAAAUUGUGUAUGCAUAUCAUGGAUUGCUGAGACAUGAUGCUGUGAGGUUGAAAUUGGUGCAGGAUUCUAAGGUGCCGGCAUACCUGCUUGAUUUGCUUCAUGACCAGAACCCAGAAGUUCGUCGUGUCUGCAACAAUGCAUUAGAUUUAGUGGCUGAAUGUGAGCAAGACUGGGCAAAACGCAUUCAACGCUCCAAGUUUCGCCAGCAUAAUGCCCAGUGGCUUGAUAUGGUGGAGAGAUGCCUGGGAACUGAAGAAGAAAGUGACGAACCCCCAUUUGCAGACUCUGACCUUCUUGAACGAUUUGAUUUACUGUCCAAUGGCAGUUGGGCUUCUGAUCCUUAAAUAGUGGGAAAAUGGAUCAAUAGUAGAGACAAAAUUAGAGAAAGCAAAAUUUAGUUAGGGGUAAGUUAAACCUCUCCUGGACCUACAACCAGACAACAACGUCAGAGUGUCAAGGGUUUAUGGUGCCGGUUCUAUGUCCAGGCACGAACUGCCAGUCUGUUCUUCUGUUCUCGUCCUUGCCACCUCGCCACGAGCCAUUGUCGAUGCCACCGCCUUGUCAUCAUUGCUCUUCGCCGAGGCUGACGACGUGGCAGGGUAGUUGCUAGGGAAGAUUGACAGUUCCCAAGUUCACUUUGGGCAGGUUCAACUAAAUGUCUGCCUUAGAUUAUUUUGGAACAAUAUCUUCUGCCAUGUGUACCAGUUUGUAUUCCUCUUCUUCAGGUCGUUAGAAGAUCCCUAACAAACUCGAUUCUACUACUGUUCAUUGCCAUUUUCAUAGAUAAACAUUAGGAAUGACAAAGCCACUCAUGAAGCUACGACAUGCUCGCAACACUUGUUUGUGCCUCUUCCCAUUGAAUCAAGUGACUGAUUUUCUUCGGAGCACCAUGUGCUCUUAACUCAUUUCGUUGCAAACCAUGUUUUUUCAUGCCAUAUUGCGGGCAUAGGGGUGCCUUCUGAACCUUCUAACAGGGCCCUGCUUGUUUCAACUUUGGUAAAAAAUGACCAAGCUCAUUUUGGAAAUUUGGAGCUCUUCAAAUAAGAACAGGACAAGAGGGAUGACAUUACCACUAUUGAAUGGGCAUCCUUCCCUAGUUUCUUAGUGGUGCAAAUGGUUGUGCUAAAAUGUUGGUAAAAAUUGGUCACUUUGCUCAUCUGGUGUCCACAUACAUGAUGUUUCGAGUGUGGAAAAAAGCAAAGUAAGAAACUGGUAUUAUUCUUUUAAAUAAAUAAUAUUUCCUAUUGUUAGUCAUUUUGACACUAUAUUAGUGUCCCAGUGUGACAUCCCAAAGCUUUGCCUUGUCCCAACCAAUAUAGGAAACAUAAUAUGCAAACGAGAGACACACACAGCUUCAUGGCCAUAUAAGGUCCAAAUUACUCUUAGAUGAGGAAUUACCAGUACAUAGAUUGCAUAUUUGACUGAAUGCUACUUGACUAAAGGCCUAGGUGCAUCGUGCUGAGACAGUGAGUCAUCUUUUGUUAUCUUGCCAGAGACCUUCCAGGAUCAUUAAUCUCUGAAUCACCUAUGGUUGUUCAAGGGUUACUAAAACAGUGACAGUACCUUCUUGCAGCUCUGACACAUGUUGUUGUGAUUGUUAUUCCAAAAUGUGUUUACAGAAGAUUUGCAUAGAACAAUGGCCUUGGCAACCUGCAUGAGUGUGAUAUGACAUUUCUCUGCAGGUUUGACAUAAAACAGGCAGCUUAAACAGAAAGUGUACCCUGGUGGCCUCAAAGUGAAAAGAUUUUUAUUGUAGACUUUCCUCGUGUUAACAUUUUGAUUUGACUCUACAGCUAAAUUGACACAUGAUAUGACAGAAACAAUGUUGAAGAAAUUACCUCGUGCCAUGCAAUCAAUGAGUAGUGAGAUGAAUAAGCAGUUCCUGCCACAAAAUUGAACUUACUCAGCUGGAAUGUAUAUACAUUCUUCAAAGUUGUUGCAAGCCCUUACAAUCUUCUUUACUAUUCCUGUCUGCAAGUUUACAAUAAAAGCACAGUACAGCACAACAGAAAAUGAAAACUGUGAACAUGCACCCUGCAGAUCCACUGCUAGCAUAGUAGGAAAGCACACAAUUCUUGUCACUUUGUUAUACAUUUACAGCAUUUGUCUUUAUUUGUCUGUGCAAAUGAAGAAAUUUCCAGCAAAUCCAGAACUCUUGAAUUGUGUGACUCUUGUAACUGUGUCAUAACUACAAUUACAUACGAGCACAGGCAGAGUGUUCGUGCACUGUUUGCUCUCCGUAUUAGUGUUCUUAACUCCCACUUACUUACAUGCCACUCCCAUGACUGUUUCAUUUGAAGAGCACACAACAUGGUUGUUGUCUCCGUUCAAAAGUCUGCUAUGGUGAUGUUUUCAUGUAAACAGACAUUUGUUUGGUAGUGAUCCUCUGUCACUGCUGUAUUAGACACAUGGAAAAAUGUGUGAAUAUUAGGUCCUAUCAUCACAUCCCGCAGACUGUCUUUGUCAUUGUAGUAUAGUAGUAGGCCUCCAACUGGGCAGAAAAAUAAAAUUAUGUGAUAUCUUAA